GCGAAGUUUAAACGCCAACUUCUACGAAUCUCAACUUUAUGUAAAUAGCAAUAUACUAUUAAGUCUCACAUGUUCGACUGUUCUUAUAAAUCCCCACAGGCCCCAAUCUCAUAUCCUACCUCCCUACGUUGCCCUAGUAGACUUGAGUUUUCGACCAAGAGAUACUUGCUUCCAAUCCUAUCUCUUCAUACCAAACGUCAUGUCGAAAACGGAGGGGCUUCGCUCUGAAAGGGAACCACUGCUUGAGCAGCGUCCCCGGUUAACGCAUCUCAGCCCUAUUCUCUUCUAUGGAGCAUAUACCUGCUUUAUUUUAGCUGUAGCUUGUCCGGCAUUACUGUACGCUUACGCCCUCUACAACACAUGCUGGGCAUCUGCAGGACUUCUAGCCUUCCUCUACGGAGCUACUUGGAUAAAACGCGCAGCAUUCACCGUCUCAUUCCUCAGUCUGCUGUGCAAAGGUUCACCCUUGGGAGUCGUGAUAAUGCUCCUCAUGGACGAAAACUUCCGCCAUGCCGCCAUACCCGCUAUUGGAUGGUAUACAAUUCUUUCCAUCAUCCUGGCCUUUUACUUGGGAUUGUUCAUGGUUGGCGUAUACGGACUCCACGCUUUAAAGAGGAAUGGCGAACAUCCCUAUCUGGUACGCAAGCUCAUCCCACUGCUUCCGUGGUUAUGGAAUGCCUUCGCGUUAACAUUGCUUCCGCCAUGGGGAAGAUUCACCCUGGAGGAGUUCUGCGGGGAUAAUGAGAAGUGCUGGUAUAGUACCUCUGUUCACCCAAUAUGGGAUGCUCGAAGAUGUAAAGGCGAUGCGAAGGAUGACGAUAUAAGCUUGCAUGGGGAGCAAAGGAAUCCAGUAUUCAGUCCGACACCCAAGGUGAACGGUCGCUUUGGCCAAAGACACUGAUAAGGACUAAAAUCGCAGAUUCCGAUGUGACAAGUUCGCAUUGUUUGCCUUUGCGAAAGGCUACUGAUCAUCAGCGAAGGAGACGCCGACCUAUGAAGCACAGGGAAGCGUAAGGAAGCAUCAGUGAGUUGGGUAGUUCUCCAUCGUGGACAGGCUGAUGAGGCUUCUUUAUCGGUCUGCGCUGCCUUCCGGUGGAUAUCCUAGUCGAGCAAUCUCGAAUAUAUACUCCUAAUCGGGCACCGUUACCAUUCAAAACAAUUCAAGGGUAGAAGUCACGGGAACUAGACCAGUACUUUAGCUGGCGGAUCCUUGUACUACCAUUUGGUGACUAAUAAAGGCACAAAUUCAUUCGUCGC